UUUCUCUCUCUUCUUGGAUUCUCUUUCUCCUGACUCGAGUGUGAGUGGGUUCAUAUUUCACGCAGGAUUCUGGGAUCGCGAAACUGUUCGAGGUCUAGGGAUUCAGAGUUCCGACUCGACCAAGAAGGCCCGGAUCAUAUUGAACCUUCUGAAUGUGAAGGGCGAAGCUUUGACAGAGCGAUUACAGCUAUGCUUUGGAGUUCGUCGUCAUCUCUUCAACCCAUUUUCGCUCUUUCCCGAGGUUGAAUACCCCAAAGGGCGGUGCAGACGAUCUCCACUCAUUUUUGGUACAGAGUGUAGGAUAUAGGAGAUUUCAUAGAGCUGUGAUUGAACCGUGGGUUUGGGAGAGUGUAGCGAGCGUUCGUGUAGAGGUUCAUCUAUGAUCAUGUUUCGCACUGAUCGUCCGGCUUGCCGUUUCUGUUGAUUGAUAAUUCCCUUUUUCCGAUUAUCUUCGAAGCUCGAAGGCUUCCAACGUGUGUUUGUAUUGCAGACGACUAUUGUUUCUGAUUAACACGCCAUUCCUCACCGGAAAGAUGGACGGAGCUGUUCUUAUAGCCAUAGCUGCCACUAUAGGCAACUUGUUGCAGGGCUGGGACAAUGCCACAAUUGCUGGAGCUGUUAUCUAUAUUAAAAGGGAAUUUAAGCUGCAAACACAGCCUACUAUUGAAGGAUUAAUCGUCGCCAUGUCACUUAUCGGGGCUACCAUUAUUACUACAUUCUCUGGACCUGUUUCAGAUCGAUAUGGGAGGCGUCCUAUGCUGAUUUUGUCAUCAAUCCUUUAUUUUGUUAGCGGAGUGGUGAUGCUCUGGUCUCCAAAUGUUUACAUCCUCCUUCUGGCGAGGCUCAUCGAUGGCUUUGGAGUUGGUUUGGCUGUCACGCUCAUUCCCGUCUAUAUUUCUGAGACUUCUCCGCCGGAGAUAAGAGGGCAGCUAAACACACUUCCGCAAUUUAGUGGAUCUGGAGGAAUGUUUUUAUCAUAUGUUAUGGUGUUUUUGAUGUCGCUCAUGGUGAAUCCCAACUGGAGAGUGAUGCUUGGAGUCCUAUCGAUCCCUUCUUUAGUGUAUUUGGUCUUAACGAUUUUUUUCUUGCCUGAAUCUCCACGGUGGCUUGUAAGCAAGGGGCGAAUGGUGGAGGCCAAAAAGGUUCUGCAGAGGCUUCGUGGAAGGGAUGAUGUGUCAGGAGAAAUGGCUCUUCUCGUCGAAGGUCUGGGCGUUGGUGCAGAUACUUCGAUCGAGGAGUACAUCAUAGGCCCUGCUAAUGAGAUCAGCGAUGAACAAGAACAGAAUGGUGACAAGGAACAAAUCACCCUCUACGGGCCUGAAGAAGGUGUUUCAUGGGUUGCUCGCCCCAUAAAGGGGCAGAGCAUCCUCGGCAGCGCCCUCGGUGCCGUUUCUCGCCAUGGAAGCAGCUUGGAAAGACCAAGUAACAUUCCUCUUAUGGAUCCUCUCGUCACCCUCUUUGGUAGCGUCCACGAAAAACUCCCGGUCACUGAGAUGGGCAGCAUGAGAAGCACAUUAUUUCCUAACUUCGGCAGCAUGUUUAGUGUUGCGGGGCCGAAAACCGAUCAGUGGGAUGAAGAAACUGGCCAUAGAGAGGGUAAUGACUAUGUAUCGGAUGCAUCGGGAAGUGACGGUGAAGACAAUUUACAGAGUCCGCUGCUUUCUCGUCAGGCAACAGAGAUGGAAGCGAAGGACAAUGUAACUCCGCACGCUGCUCCGGAAAGCGCGGAGGCCGUCGGAAGUAUGGGGAUUGGUGGAGGAUGGCAACUGGCGUGGAAAUGGACGGAGCGAGAGGGGCGGGAUGGGAUUAAGGAAGGAGGGUUUAAAAGGAUCUAUCUGCACCAAGAGGGUGUGCCGGGCUCAAAGAGGGGUUCGCUUGUUCAAGUUCCAGGGCAAGAAGUGGGAGAAGAGAAUGAGUUUAUCCAAGCUGCUGCAUUGGUGAGUCAGCCCGCGCUUUACUCGAAGGAGCUGGUGGACCAGCACCCGGUUGGGCCGGCAAUGGUGCAUCCAUUGGAAGCUGUUGCUGAAGGUUCUGUGUGGGCAGAUCUUCUUGAACCAGGUGUCAAACAGGCACUGAUUGUUGGCGUUGGUAUUCAGCUUCUGCAACAGUUCUCUGGCAUAAACGGUGUCCUGUAUUACACGCCUCAAAUUCUCGAGCAAGCAGGCGUUGCAGUGCUCCUUAAAAACCUCGGGCUUAGUUCCGAUUCAUCGUCCAUCCUCAUCAGUUCUCUCACUACUCUGUUGAUGCUCCCUUCUAUAGGUGUUGCCAUGAGACUGAUGGAUAUAUCUGGGAGAAGGUUUCUUCUCCUCUCCACCAUUCCCAUCCUCAUUUGCUCGCUACUCGUACUAAUCAUCGCCAAUCUUGUCGAACUCGGAACCGUAGUUCAUGCCGUCCUUUCCACGAUCAGCGUCAUCGCCUAUUUCUGCUGCUUUGUCAUGGGAUUCGGCCCGAUCCCCAACAUUCUCUGCGCGGAGAUCUUCCCCACUCGGGUUCGUGGCGUCUGCAUCGCCAUUUGCGCUCUUGUCUUCUGGAUUGGCGACAUCAUCGUCACCUACUCCCUUCCCGUCAUGCUCAACAGCAUCGGCCUUGCCGGCGUCUUUGGGAUUUACGCCAUCGUCUGCGUCAUCGCAUUCAUCUUCGUCUUCCUCAAGGUGCCCGAGACAAAGGGAAUGCCUCUCGAGGUCAUCACGGAGUUCUUCGCCGUGGGUGCAAAGCAAAAGCUGCAGGCAAAGCAGCUUCCUGCCACUAAUGGAUGAGAGUUUGAUGGAAGAAGUUAAGAUAGGGAAGAGAGGAAGAAAGAGAAGCUGCAGGGCUAAAAUACUAAUAAGGUUGAUGAAAAUUUAUGGAGGUUGCAGGUUGUUUUCUAUGCUUUUAGUGGUGUUGUAUUCAUUUUACAUUUGUGAGAUUUAGUUAGUUUCGUAACUUUUGCUCUUAUGUUCUGAUGAAUUUUAUGUCUUAUUUUUGUUUCAUCUUUUGUUGUUUUGUUGUGGAGAUGCUGUUAUUUUUAAGUUAGAAAGCCAACAUUGUCGUA